CGGGCCGCCGUAGGCACGCCGCGGAUUUUUCCAUCAUGGCUGCGUCCGUCAGUCGCCCUGCGGUGUCCUCCUUGCGCAAAAUAAACUGUAACGUUAAUGGAAUAUACAACUUAGUUUCUUUCAGCAGGAGGAUUUCACUGUCCUCUGUGUUUUCAGCGAGCGCCGUGACCACAACUAGAGAUGCUGCAAGAAGAGGUGUUUGGGCUCAACGGAAGGCGAAGAGACAGGCCGGGGAGCCCAGGGCCGAGCGGAUGACUGUGGAUCAGGAUUGGACCGCGGUUUAUCCCACUGCAUCCUCAUUCAAGCCGUCCGCUGUUCCUCUGCCGGUGCGGAUGGGAUAUCCCGUGAAGAGAGGCGUACCGCUUCCCAAGAAGGGCAACCUGGAGCUGAUAAAGAUCCCAAACUUUUUACACUUAACCCCGGUUGCUAUUAAGAAGCACUGCGAGGCCCUGAAGCAGUUCUGCACGGAGUGGCCAUCUGCCCUGGACUCAGAUGAGAAAUGCAUGAAGCAUUUCCCGAUCCGGGUCCGGAGUAAAGAAUUCGUAUCCGCUGGAUUGUCGCUGCGAAACCCAGACGCGAGGAUAGUCACACUGAAGGUGAAGCUCUCCAGCUUGAAUCUGGAUGUUCAUGCCAGAAAGAAGAUGAUCAGACUCAGUGGAGAGCGGUACUGUAAAGACAACGACACGCUCACCAUCACCACAGACAGCUGCCCGCUGAGACAGCAGAAUCAUGAUUACGCCAUGUACCUCCUUACCGUGCUUUACCACGAGUCCUGGAAAACCGAGGCGUGGGAGCAGGAAAAGACGCGUGCCGACAUGGAGGAGUACGAGUGGGAAGGCAGUCCGUCCCAAAAGAACAUUCUGGACACUAUCCUGCGUAUGCGAGCGCUCGGAGCGAAGGAAGAGACGGAGGAGGGAACCAGGGAGGAGCUGCUGGGACAGCCGGAGGUGCAGGAGUACAGAGACACCGUCCUCAGGCUGAAGAACCAGGGAGAGACCGAGGAAAACCUACACAAGUAUAAAGAGGCUGUGAAGAAGCUCUUUAAUAUCUGAGCUCCGCUAUAGAGAGUAUACAUGUAUAACGUCAUAUUAAAAACGUGUUAUGGGAAA